AGAGGAGAAGGAAAAUACGCGAUGUUUGGGGAGAUACCAGUGCAUCAGUUGCAAACGUUUGCGUUAACCGUUUCGGUUUCAGUUAUCUUUUGCCGGGCACUACAGCUAGCUAACACUAUUAUCUAAAUCGUGGUCCGACGAGGGAGCUUAAUUUCUAAAACAGUGGAGAUGCAGCCUGCAGCAGCUAAGUGGUAUGACAGACGGGACUCUGUCUUCGUAGAGUUCUGCGUGGAGGAUAGUAAAGAUGUGCAAGUAAAAUUCGACAAAUCCAAAUUUGAAUUCAGCUGUUUCAGUGGAACAGAUAAUAUCAAACACCAGAAUACAGUGGACCUUUUUGGGGAGAUUGACCCCAAAGCAUCCAAACACAGACGCACUGACAGGUCUGUGUUGUGUUGUUUACGAAAAGCAGAGGCUGGGAAAUCAUGGCCACGACUUACCAAAGACAAGACGAAGUGCAACUGGCUGAGUGUGGACUUCAAUAACUGGAAAGACUGGGAAGAUGACUCUGAUGAGGACUUGUCAAGUUUUGACAAAUUCUCAGAGAUGAUGAACAGCAUGGGAGGGGAUGAUCUACCUGAUUUAGACGGUGCAGAUGAGGAGCAUGAUUCUGCAGACAGUGACGAUGAAAAAAUGCCCGACCUUGAGUAGAUGUAUAUGGGUGCCACCUCAGUAGUAAACAAAGUAAGUUAUACGGCGGUUGAAGAGAGAGACUAGACAUGAGUUGGCAGCCAUGUUGGAGAAGAAACCCCAUCUCUCUACACAGUUUCCUAAGUGAAAACUCCUCAAGGGAGUGACGGGGAGUGACUGUUGGAUACAGACAUGCACAGAGAUCCAUAGCGACAUACAGUGCUGUGCUUUGCUGUUCUGUUCUGCAUGGACAAUUCUGUUCAAAUGAAAAUGUUAUUGUUCAUUGACUUAAAUGACUGUAAUGGGAUGUGCUGAUGUCUUAUACCUUCUCUCUCUCUCUGUUUUUUUGCGAUGUAAGGUUAUGUAUUCAACAUGGUGAUUUCUAAUGAACAAAAAAAAAACUCAAAAUGCCUAUUUUCCAAAAAAGUAGAUUUUUUUAAUGACAGAUUUUCCCCUUUAAUGUUUGUAUUGUAAAUUGCACUUAUUUUGUUUGUUAAUUUAAAAAGCAGGCAUUCUGCUUGAAAUGGGUUUUCAAAUGUAUGCCAAUAUCUGCAAAUAUUUAACAAAACUUUCAUUUUUAAAACAUAUUUCAGCAUUUAAAAUAAACACAUGCUUGUGCAACAAUUUGUGUUGAGGUAGUAGAGUGGUACAAUUUUAGCAUAUAGUCGUACCUUUCCAAAGGUGAGUUUGUUUCUCUAUGCCUGUGUACAGAGCAUUGCAUAUUGUAGCAGGUACAACAGUUACUUUUCUUCCAGAGGUGAGGUCAGAAAUCCUAUGUAUGUCUACCAAGAGUUUCCAAAUACUUUAAACAAUACAGGUUCUACGUGUUUGUCCAUCAGAUACACUAGAACUAUGCUUUGGGGGCUUGUGUUUGAUGAACACUUUUGCAUUUGUCUUAUGCUGUAGGAGUUUGAGUAUACAUUUCUAAUAAACUGUUUAAGACUGUUGAAUACAAGGUGGCAGUAGUAGUAUGGAAGCAUCACUUUUUCAAGUUCCAAAAAAGUUUAACAUCAUCAAUAAAGUUCAGAGGAAGAAUACAA